AUGAAUAAGAAGAACCCAGUCGUAUUCUUGGACAUAUCAAUUGAUAGGGAUCCUAUGGAAAGGAUUGUUAUUGAGCUUUUUGCCGAUGUUGCCCCCAGGACAGCUGAGAAUUUUCGGGCACUCUGUACUGGUGAGAAGGGCAUUGGAAUUACUACUGAGAAACCUCUACAUUACAAGGGAUCUAUAUUCCAUCGCAUAAUUAAGGGAUUCAUGGUUCAAGGUGGUGAUUUUUCUAAAGGAAAUGGCACUGGUGGAGAAAGUAUUUAUGGGGGGAAGUUUGCAGAUGAGAACUUUAAACUGGAUCAUACUAUGCCUGGUCUUCUCUCUAUGGCAAAUGGUGGUCCAAACACAAAUGGGUCCCAGUUCUUUAUAAUCUUCAAGCGUCAACCUCAUCUUGACGGGAAACAUGUUGUUUUUGGACAGGUUGUGAAAGGAAUGGAUGUUGUAAGGAAAAUUGAACAGUUGGGAACUGCUGAUGGGAAACCUUCUGCUAUUGUAAAAAUUGUAGAUUGUGGUGAAACAUCUGAAAGUAAAAUUCAUGAUGCGGCUGUAGCAGAGAAAGGGAAAAAGAAAAAAUCAGGGAAAUGUCUUUCCUCUGAUGAUGAUCCCGAUGAGAAAACAAAAGGAAGACGCAAAAUAUCUCUCAAGGACAGAAGGAAGAAGAGAAAACGGAGAUACUCUUCAUCUGAUUCGUACAGCUCUGACACAGACUCUGAUUCCUAUUCUUCGGACACUGAUUCCUAUUCAGACUCUGAUUUGGAUUCUGAGUCAGAUUCCUAUUCUUCAAGUUCUUCCAGUGAUGGAAGGCGUCGGAAGAAAAGGAGAUCAAUGAAGAGAGAGAGGCACCAACAUGGAAAGAAAAGAAGGGGCGGACGAAAGGGGAGGACAAGAAGCGAGCGCGAUAAAAAAUCAAGGCGCAAGUCUAAAUUGAGUUCAGGGAGUUCCAGUGGCACAGAGAGUGGAGCCAGUAGCAACAGCAGCAGCAGCUCUGAUGAUGAGAAAGCCAGUCGUAAAGCUGCCCAUAAAAUCAGCAACUCAUCAAAUGUUCAAACUAAGAAGCUACGUCAGAGUCUUGAUGUAGCGGAUAAAUCUCCAAACCCUCUUCUAGGACAGACUGUCACUGGACAGCAAAAGGAUCGUGAGCUAAAGAUGACAGAGGGUAACUCCUCACAUGAAGAGGGUGAAUUUUCCAAGAAGGAUAACAAACUUUUGAAAAAUGUUAAUGGUAUUGAAGCUAAAGCUGAUAAAACAGCCAAUCAGCAUCAUUAUUCAGAUAAGUCGAGCAAAUCCAGAAGCUCGACACCAACCCCCAGAGGAAGACUGAUAUCCAACCGUCGGAGCAGUCCAAGCCCGAGCCCUAAAAGAAUUAUGAGGAGUCCCAGAAAUCACAAUGAUGGUGGUGCUCCAGAAAGAAAGUCUGAUCAGCAAAGCCCUCCACUCAAGGCCCCUCAAGCUUCUGCUUUGAAUCAUGGUCAGGGUUUGUCUAGAAGUCGUUCUCCAAAUGGCACUCCAAAGCGCAUUAGGAAAGGGCGUGGCUUCACCGAACGCUUUUCCUUCGCACGGCGAUACCGUACGCCAUCACCAGAGCGUUCACCUCAUAGGUCAUAUCGUUAUGGUGGAAGGAACUUUUAUGAAAGGAACCAUGAUAGGUAUUCAAGCUAUAGAACUUACUCUCAGCGCUCACCACAAAGACGUUAUAGAAGCUCACCAAGAGGCAGGAGCCCCCCAAGAUAUAGACGCAGGAGUCAAAGUAGGAGUAUUUCUCGUAGCCCAGGUGCUUACCGUGGUCGUGGCAGGGAUCGCAGCCGGAGUCCUGUACGCAGUUCUAGCCCUGUAGAUACCCGGCCUGUAAUGAGUGAUAAAUUAAGAUCUCGUCUUGGGCCUCGAGGUGAUGAUCAGCCUUCUCCUAACAGAGAGAGGUUGACUUCAAGAUCUAGGAGCCAUGGUUCAUCACGUUCUAGAUCUCCUAAUGCCACUCCAAGAAAGCGUCCUGGAAAAGCUGCAUCUCUGUCUUCCAGCACGUCAAGAUCCAGCUCCCCAGAUGGACAAAGGGGUCUGGUUUCAUACGGAGAUGUCAGUCCUGAAAAUGGGACGAACUAG